AUGAACAGCGUGGACAUAGGGCGAUGCAGCAAACGUAUCGUACAAUAUCUGUGGGAUCCUGAGCCUAGGAAUGACGAAGAGCCGGAUGCUCCCAUCUGGUGCUUGGGAAUAGAGUACAUGUCCCACCCCCAGAAACAUCCACCCCAGACGACACCCAAUCGAGAUGCAUUCGAGACGGGAACAAUCGCUAUAGAUGAUGUAACAGCCCAUGGCUGGCCAGAGGCAUUCGUGUCAGACUUCGAGUCGAAGAUCUGGAUGACGUACCGAUCUAAUUUCCCCCCAAUACCAAGACUGGACAAUGACGAAGCAAAGCAUCCCAUGACACUAACUGUACGACUGAGAAGCCAGCUAAUGGACACUCAUGGCUUCACCUCAGACACAGGAUGGGGCUGCAUGAUCAGAUCCGGGCAGAGCCUGUUAGCAAAUGCAAUUCUCAUACUGGACUUGGGACGAGCUUGGCGUCGCGGGGACAAAGUGGAAGAAGAGGCUCGCUUGCUGUCGCUGUUCGCUGACCACCCCAACGCACCGCUCUCGAUACACGAAUUUGUUAGACACGGCGCCGAGUCAUGUGGUAAAUACCCCGGGGAAUGGUUCGGGCCAUCCGCAACCGCCAGAUGUAUCGAGGCACUCUCAGCGCAAUGCGGAGACAUAGCACCCAAGGUAUACGUAACAAAUGACACUUCAGACGUCUACGAAGAUAGUUUCAGACGUGUUGCCUGCAGUGGUUCGGGCCGUAUACAACCCACCCUCAUACUUAUAGGGACACGACUAGGGAUUGAUAACGUCACGCCUGUGUACUGGGAUGGACUCAGGGCAGUUUUAAAGUUUCCCCAGUCGGUAGGAAUCGCAGGAGGUCGCCCCUCAGCAUCCCACUACUUUAUUGGAACGCAAGGUUCCUAUCUGUUCUAUCUUGAUCCCCAUAACACGCGCCCCGCAUCCCCAUACAAGACCGCUGGUAAUUUCCUGCCCAAAGAGGAAGUACAUACGUACCAUACUCGUCGCCUCAGACGUAUCCAUAUGCAAGAUAUGGACCCUAGUAUGUUAAUAGGGUUUCUUGUCAAGAAUGAAGACGACUGGGAGGAUUGGAAACACCGCAUAGCUUCGACAGCUGGCAAACCAAUCAUAAACGUAUUCAGUGAAGUGGACAGUACUCACUGCCCGGCUAGAGAGGAGGCACUUGACGAAGUGGAGGCGCUGGAUGAUGAAUGAAUGCAAUCGAAUAUUUCAUAGCGCCAGCACCCCCUGAAGCCUUUUAGUAGAAGCAACCAGUAUACAUAUGAAAGUAAUUCAGAUUUCGAACCCUCGUUUGUAAGUCGCUACUGCGCAACCAGACCUAGGAGCACCGAGUUAUGUUACAACGCAUUCACGUCUCAAAUAAAACCAUGAAAAACAUUUGGCCCAAUGGGGAAAAACAAAGCCAUCCCGUGACGCAUUAAAAAUCCCGCGAACACCCUGUACCCACCACCUCAAACCAUAACAGAUAACGAGGUAGUAAAAGACAAUCCUGCAUGAAAGAAACAAAAAGAAAAGGAAAAAGGAACAACCUAUUUGGCAGACGACGAAUACUUGGUAACAGCCUUGGUGCCUUCCGACACAGCAUGCUUCGCCAAUUCGCCAGGCAGAAUGAGUCUGACACUAAGGAACUGUGAGUAGUGGCCUUCAUUUGAAGAAUAGCGAUGCGACUUACGAGGUCUGGAUCUCCCUUGACGAGAUCGUGGACUUCUUGUUGUAAGCGGCCAGUUUGGAAGCCUCAGUCGCGACGCGCUCGAAGAUGUCUGAUAAAACGUCAGAAACCCACAUAUCC